AUGACCUCGAGGAUUCUGGCCAGCGGCGGAAGGCUGCACCAUGGGUCCCUCUGUCGCUUCAUCUGCCUGCGUCUGCCUGCGCCUGCCGCCGCCGCCGCCAGCUCGCGCGCCGAAGUCAUCGCGCCACAGCCGAUAUCCGUGCCCUACCUCCUGCCCCCCUUCAUGGCCUCAUCCCUCCACACUACCGCGAUACGUGCAGGGGUCAGGGCCACGUUCAACGAGCGCAAGAAUGUCCUCACCAACUACAACCGCGCCAAGAACGCCAAGCGGCGGCUCGACGUCAAGUGGGACUCUGAGAAACAGGACCGAUCGUUCAAAGAGGACAUGCCCAUCGGCUACGAGCGGCGCAAGCUCAAGAAACUCAAGAAGGUUAGUACGAGGCUCGCCAACGAGGCCAACCGCGAUGCCAAGCUCAAAGGCACGCCCAAAGGCACGCCCGGCGAGCCCUUCCACCCGGAGCGCAACUUCCGCCUGCGCGUCCGUGAGCUCAGCUUCGAGCUCAAGGCGCGCAACGACCGGAUCAAGACAGUCAGCGACCCAGCCGACGCAACGCAGCUGCUCGAGGAUUCGAUCACGCUGGUUCGCAAGGAGAUGAAGAUCCUGCGCGUGCUGCUGCGGGGCCGCGACCCCAAAUUUGACGACUACGACCAGGCCGUCAUCAACGCCAGCCGGCUGCGCGUGCCCUGGAUCAGCCUCAUCAUCAUGGCGAUGCGCAUCGACAACAUCCAGCUCGCCUUCAACCUGUUCAACGACAUGAAGAAGCAGGGCAUCCACCCCAACGCCACCUGCUUCCACGCGCUCCUCAGCGGCCUCGUCCACCACGAGCGGCGAAGGGCCCCGAAGAGGUCGGACACCCAGCCCUUCCGUACCGAGACCAAGUCUUUCCAAAUGGCCGAAAAGAUCUUUGGCGAGCUGCAGGAGCUCUGGCGCCUCGCACUGCCCGCCUACGUCCGCUACAAGCAAGGCCCGCGGGCCAAAUCCAAGGAGGCCAUGAUGCACGCGAUGCGCAUCGACCAGGGGGCCGAUACGUCGCGCCUCCGACGCCUGUCGCACGAGGCUGCCGUGCUCGAGGCCCGCGACCACCGCGAGCUGCUCGCCCAGCCCCUUGCCGCCUAUCUCCGCAUCCUGUUGAUGGCCGGCCAGACGGAGCGCGCGUGGAAGCUGUUUGACCAGAUCUGCUACGGCCAGUCGAUGGACAGAAACGUCACGAUGGAUGCCGAGGCGGCACGCGAUCUGCCCGUGCUCCCGCUCGUCGACAAAAAGAUCCUCACGACGAUGCUCAGCGAGGUGCCCGACGCGACGAACCACGGCCAGCUGGAGCAGACGCGCGAAGAGGCCGACAAGCGCUUCGAGGCGGUUAGCACCAUCUGGCAGCGCUGGAAGCUGCGGAUCGAGCGGAUGCAGGCCGACAUCGCCGCAUCAAACGCCCAGGGCCCGCGGCAGCCACCGCAAUCCGUCGCGCCAUCGUCGGCCGAGUACCAGGACGACGGCUCCCUCGACUCGGCCGAUGAUCUGCUGGCGUCCGAGGACGGCUCGACAGAUCCGCGCUCUGCACAGGGACAGAUGCGUUUCGGUGCAAGGGGCCGCGGCCGUGGCGGCGCUGACGGUGCCGACGACAAGAAGAUAAGGGGCACCCCAGCGACCGAGUGGGACUUGGUCGUGCCCGAGGAGAGGGCGAUAGUGCUCUUGCUCAACAAGGUCCACCGAACGCGGCCAAAGGAGCAGGCGCUCAUCAAGGACGUGAUGGCCUUCUGCUUCGGCAUCGAGAACAACGACCACUCGGGCCUCAUCGCCCUCGACCCGACGGCCACCGACCUCGUGGCCUUGCGCCCCGAUGCCGUGCGGCCGGCCAAGGAACCGUUGGUCGAGCUCAACGGCCCGGUGGUGGCGGAUCAGGUGCUGCGCGCCUUCAACUACCAGGCUUCGUGGACGACGGCGGUCGACUACUUCAACCACCUGCAGCGCCGCGACGGCGACCGGACGGGACCGCUCGGGCCGCUGCUGUCGUCGCGCGGCGUGGCGGCGACGCUCGUGGCGCUGGGCUUCUCGAUUGAUCCGGUGGGCACCGUCGUGGUGCUCAAGGCGUCGCGCCAGCCGCCCGAUUUCUUGCCCACCGACCAGACGUACGCGCGGUCUUUGCGGUCGAUCGCGCACGGCGUCGUCGAGGGCAGGGAGGCGCUCGGCGGCCUGACGGCCCAGAUGCUCGAGUCCGAGGGUAGGGGCGCUGUCGACCUAUGGCAGCUGGCCGAGGACACGUUCAAGAUGUUCGCCGCCGACUGGGGGCCGCGUCAAGGCUCGUCCAAGGAGGAGUCGGCGUCGUCGCGGCAAGCGGGGGCGGUGAUGGACGCGGAUGCGACCUCCAAAGGGUUCGACGUCGCGCUGCUGUACCGGCUGCUGCUGGUGGCCAACCGGGCCUCGCGGGCGAGCACCCACCAGGCGGCACGCUCGCGGAGGUGCCUGGACCUGGUGGAGACGUACCGCACGCUUCCGCAGCUGGUAUCUGCCCACGUCCCUCCCCGGCAACGGGAGGCGGACAGCAAGAGGACAGAGAAGACGGACAUCGCGACGGUCAAGAUGCUCGAGGAGCUGCACGUCACGCUGUCCAACGCCAUCAUGCCGCACUACGACGAGGGCGAGGAACCGCCGAGCAAGGCCAAGGUCGAGAGGUGGAAGGAAACGAGAGAGGCCGUGGCGUCGUUCCGGCCACAAAAGGAGAAGCGGUACGAGGAGAAACGCUGGCUCCAAGGCGGCGUCACCCGCGGUGGCGGCGGCGGUGGGAGCGGCAGCGGCAAUGGCGGCGCAGGGGACAGGGAGGGCAUUGCGAAGAGGGGAGAGGGCGGGGAGACGUCCAAGUCGAGAACAGGCGGCGGCGCAGGAGGAGGUGGGGGAGUGGUGCUCAAGCUGAGCGACGACGACUACGCGGCGCUCAGCAGCGAGGACGACGUCGACUUCGAUUUCGAGAUCGACGAGCCGUCGAGCGGCGGCGGCGGCGGCGGCGGCGCUGGCGCUAGCGCUGGUAUUGGUCCCGACGCGGCAACGGCGGGCGACGAGGCUGGUCAGAGGCGGAAGACGAGGAGAGGCAUGGCCAUGGACCGCGAGCUGGAACGCUGGAUCCGGGGCUAG